AGCCCAUACUUCAGAGUCGAUUGAACACCAUCACGAAACGCGCCUACCUGUCAUUUGUAUCCUGGUUCUGAUGAUAGAUGGACCCAUUGUAAACUGGGGAUGGACACGACGGAGCCCGCAACCAUAGCAUCCUUGUUCGUGCCAAGGGUCUUCAUGACAGUUGGGAAAUCCUUCAGCCACUUUAUCCUAACAGGAACUCAUCAAUGUCGAACCUUGCGCAUUGAAACGAGGCCGGGUGACGUUACUGUAAAAGUUCAGCGCGAGACGUUGGCAGAAGUUAUUGAUGAGCAUUUGGGUCAUCACUCAUGUAUCCCGCGUACCCUGAAAACAUCCGUUUCCAAUGAGAUACACUCACCGCAUCCGGUCCUGGCCUUUCAAGUUGACUUCGCUUUAAGGUCCCUGAUGUUAUCGACACUACCCUUGACGGCCUUGAUAAUAUCUGCUUUCGUGACGUUCUUUAGAAUAUCGAGAUACGAGAUUUCCGGUGAACGACGGCUCGUGAGGCACCUAGCCUACGUGACCGUUGUCCGACGGUCCAAGUCGGCUCCAUCCGUCUUCGGUAAUUGACACCCGACAUCACCCACCCGCCCCUUCCUUUCUCCGUCCAAACGAUCUCUACAUGUAAACUCGAUGUGCAGUACUACAA